UCAUCCCGGUCGCACAUAUCUGGUGACACCGCGAAACUUCUAAGGAUUAUAAUGCCUUGAAGCGGUUUGCCAUUCGGAAAUGUAAAGUGCGUCUUUUGUGUUCGAACUUAUGAUCGUGAUUAUUGCUCUCGGGAUCACUGGAAUGAGGAAUAUCUGUUUAAAUUACGAUAUGGGUAAAUAUUGGAUGAUGUCUUGGAAAUGUCGCUAUAGUGUAAUCUGCUGAUACUACCGCUGAAAUCGGUAACGCAUUACAUUCUGGAAGCGAAGACUUUGUCAACAUGGCGGUUGUAAUAAGUCGAAUAUACCUCCACACGGGCGCUGUGCUCGUGUUGGCUGGCAGUGCCUCAGGCAGGGUUGCCGGCAAAAUGGGCGGAUAUUCUAACAAAGUGGGAGGAAAGUCGACAAGUGGCAUCAAUGAAGAGAUAAUUUGGAUUAGUAUAAGUAUGGCGAUCGCGAUCGCUGUGUUAAUUGCAAUCGCCCUUUGUUACAUUCUUAAAGAAAAGUGCACUAAGCGACAGGCGUACAAGGAACAAUCAUGACGAUAUAAGGAGGAGUUCGCUCGACACGCUCUGGGCAACUCCUUUGAAGAUCACGAAUUCCCAGCGUACACGCUUUACCCUCAGUACUCACCAGAUGGCACUGAAUACUAUUAUAAUUUCCAUCGCUUCUCAUACCUUAAAAACACAACGAAUCUCCCUCCCAAAAAUUAUACCAAAAAUGAACGCGAAGAAAUUUAUAUAAACGCAUAGAUAAUAAAAACAUAGUCUUAAUUAUUAUUUUAAAGUAGCUAUGUGUUAGAUUGUAUAUAAAAUUAGACCAAUGGGAAAAAAGAAUUUAUGUAUAUUGUGUAAUCCUAAAACUCAGUAAAUAUUAGAGUAUUUAUUGUUUGAAUUGAAGAUAAAAACCGCAAAUUAUUAACUGUGAUAAAGAAAUGGAAAGCGGGGUCAAAGUUAUUUAACAUAACGUUCAUUUCUAUUUCUUAAUAUCGCUUCUGUUCUUUUUUUAGUUUCAGUAAAAUAACUUAUUGUAUUUAACGUUUGGAGAAUGCAUAAAGUAUAAAUUAAACAUAUUGGGUUUUGACUAUGAACUUAAAACUGAUGUAAAGGUAAAUGUAAAAAAACAGCGAUCAGCCCUGCGAUUCUGUAACUCACUUUUCGAACUCACA